GGUAUAAGGCCGUACAUAUGUAAGAUCUGUAAAGCAACAUUUACAAGGCAGCACAGCCUCAACUACCACACUCUCAUCCAUAAAAACCUCAAUCGAUUCAGGUGCGAGGAUUGCGGUCGGAUGUUUAGGCAUCCCAGCCACUUUAAGGAACAUUGCCGGAAACACACAGGGGAGACCCCAUUCCUCUGCAGCGACUGCCCUUUGCGGUUCAAAACUAGAAAUACGUACAAACGCCACAUGCGG